UACAACUUGCGGCUACACAAGAUGUAAUUAGGGAAUAAUCUCCGCCUGCUGUACAACCCCAACAUUUCCCCUCCCAUGCUUAACAGUUGCGAAAGGGAUAAUUUACUAGACAGUCCAAAUUAUUCACACACGACUAUAACUGUUUGGUGUUUAUAUUAAUUUGAAAGCUUGAACAUUUGAUGAAAGUCCAAUUAAAUGGAAUCUGUUUGCUGCAGUGUGUAAACUUUUCCAUAAAACUGUAUUUGAUGUGAUUAUGGGUUCAAGAUGAACAACGAGGUUUCUGAUUGGUUGACAGGCGUGAUGCCCCGCCCACUUCGGGCAGGUGUAAGAGAGGGAAGAACGGACCGGAUGGGCUGGCACAGGAAGUUAGUUAGUUAGUUAGUUAGUUAGUUAGUUGGUUGGUUGGUUAUGUAGCAUCACCAGCGGAGAGGAGGAGGUGGAGGAAGGGGAGGCUGUGUCAGGUGGAAACGGGGACCUCUGUGGAUAUCACCAGCGCCGCCGCCGCCUCCUCAGCACCGACAGCAUCUCCCGGCCGGCGGUCACCGCUGCGGCCACGCUAGCGCCCCGUGUCCAUGCAGCGAGGCGGUAGCAAUCCCACGGCACAACCCCCCCCCCCCCCCCCCCCCCCCCCCCCCCCCCCCCCGACCGGACUGCUUCUGGAGCCGAUAGACUCCUCAUCUGGGUAAAAGGAAAAGAAGGACUCGUCGAGGGAAGACCCAAGCUGGCAUUGGGAAGCGGAGCGUCCGUCUCUCCACAUCGAUUCAUCCCAGCGACGUCUUGGUAUAAAGAGGAGGACGAACCCAACCUCUGAAGCCCAAGGGCGUCGGGCGCGAUGGCCAAUGCCUCCCCAGACCUGGACAACGCGGAAGCCCAGCGCCAGCUCAACAACAACAACCGACCAAUCAGCUCUGGGUUCUGGGAGACAGAGUGUACCAGCUCCAAGCUGUUUGAGUGCUCCCGCAUCAAGGCCCUGGCAGAUGAACGAGAUGCGGUACAGAAGAAGACUUUUACCAAGUGGGUGAACUCACAUCUGUCCAGAGUGUCCUGUCGCAUAUCUGACCUCUACAAUGACCUGAAAGAUGGAUACAUGCUCACCAGACUGCUGGAGGUCCUCAGCGGAGAGCUACUGCCGAGACCUACCCGGGGUCGUAUGCGGAUCCACUGCCUGGAAAAUGUUGACAAAGCCCUGCAGUUCCUUAAAGAACAGAGGGUUCACCUGGAAAAUGUUGGUUCCCACGACAUUGUGGAUGGAAACCACCGCCUCACCCUGGGCCUUAUGUGGACCAUCAUUCUACGCUUCCAGAUCCAGGUGAUCAAAAUAGAGACAGAGGACAACAGAGAAACUCGCUCUGCCAAGGAUGCCCUGCUGCUCUGGUGCCAGAUGAAGACCGCAGGGUACCCUGAGGUCAACAUCCAGAACUUCACCACCUGCUGGAGAGACGGCCUUGCCUUCAACGCCCUUAUACACAGACACAGACCCGACUUGAUAGAGUUCCACAAGCUGACACGGUCCAAUGCAACCCAUAAUCUCCAGCAAGCCUUCAACAUCGCUGAGCAGAACCUGGGCCUCACCAAACUCCUGGACCCUGAGGAUGUGAACACAGAGAACCCAGAUGAGAAAUCCAUCAUCACCUAUGUGGUCUCCUACUACCACUACUUCUCCAAGAUGAAGGCUCUUAUUGUGGAGGGCAAGAGGGUUGGCAAGGUACUAGACAACUGUAUUGAGGCAGAGAAAAUCGUCAACCGCUAUGAGGCUCUGGCAUCAGACCUGCUGGACUGGAUUGAAAAGACCAUUGCAGUCAUCAGCAACCAGAAGUUUGCCAACUCACUGACCGGAGUUCAGCAGCAGCUACAGGCCUUCACGACCUACUGCACCAUAGAGAAGCCAAUCAAGUUUCAGGAGAAGGGGAAUCUUGAGGUCCUUCUCUUCACCAUCCAAAGCAAACUCAGAGCCAACAACCAGAAACCUUAUGUGCCACAUGAUGGGAAGCUAAUCUCAGACAUCAACAAGGCCUGGGAGAGGCUGGAGAAGGCAGAGCAUGAGAGGGGCGUGGCCCUGCGCAAGGAGCUGAUUCGUCAGGAGAAGCUGGAGUUGCUGGCUCAGCGCUUUGACCACAAAACCACCAUGAGACAAGCCUGGCUCAACGAAAAUCAGAGGCUUGUAUCACAGGACAAUUUUGGCUAUGACCUACCAGCAGUCGAGGCGGCAAUGAAGAAGCAUGAGGCCAUCGAGGCGGACAUUGCCUCGUACGAAGAGCGAAUUGGAGUGGUGGUGGAACUUUCAGGAGAGAUAGAGACGGAAGGAUACUAUGACAUCCGCCGUAUCUUGGCACGGAAGGAGAACAUCCUGGGUCAGUGGGGUCUGCUGAAGGAGCUGGUAGCCGGGAGGAGGACGCGCCUGGAGAAGAACCUGGCCCUGCAGAAGACUUUUCAGGACAUGGUUUACAUGAUCGACUGGAUGGAGGACACACAGGUCCAGCUGCUGUCGAAGGACUUUGGGAAGCAUCUGCUGGAGGUGGACGACCUGCUGCAGAAACACAGCCUGCAGGAAGCCGACAUUGCUGUGCAGGCCGAGAGGGUCGAGACACUCAAUACAGCUGCGCUCAAAUUUACCACUAUAGAGGGUUACCAACCGUGUGACCCACAAGUGAUCUGCAACCGUGUUAACCAUGUGUCUUCAUGUCUGGAGGAGCUGAAACAACUGGCAGUUAAAAGACAUGCCGAGCUCGAGGAGUCCAGACAGCUGUGGGCCUUUUUUCAGGAGCUGGAGGAGUCAGAGGCCUGGAUCAGGGAGAAGAGCUCCAUCCUGGGAGCUCAGGGCUUUGGGAAGGACCUGAGCAGUGUGCUGAAGCUACUACAAAAACACAAGACUCUGGCUGGAGAACUGCUGGCUCACCGCUCACUGCUGCAGAACACCAUGAAGAGAGGAAAGCAGAUCCUGAGUGAGAAGAGCUUUGGCACUGCAGGGAUCCAGGAGCGCAUCAUGGAGGUGAAGAGUGAGUGGAAGCGACUGGAGGACCAGGCAGCGCAGCGUCUCGGUCACCUGCAGGAGGCACUCAACUUCUUUCAGUUCUCCACGGAGACCGACGACUUGGUGGCCUGGCUGCAGGACGCCUACCGCCUCGUCUCCAGUGAGGACUUUGGACACGACGAGUACUCUACUCAGUCACUGCUCAAGAAACACAGAGGGGUCAGCGAGGCCGUCGACAAACAUCGGAUGCAUGUGGUGACACUGCGGAAGCACAUGGUGGCACUGCCUCUGCGGUACCGUGAACAGGAGGAGGUGCAGGUUCGUAUGGGAGAGGUGGAGCAGCUGUACACCGAGGUGAUCGAGGUGGCGGUGCUCAGACAGCAGUGGCUUCAUGACGCCCUUGCCGUCUACCGCAUGUUCAGCGAAGUCAAUGCCUGCGAGCUGUGGAUUGAUGAGAAGGAGCAAUGGCUGGAUAAGAUGGAAAUCCCUGAGAGGCUGGAGGACGUGGAGGUAGUCUCACACAGGUUUGAGAGUCUGGACCAGGAAAUGAACAGCCUGAUGGGAAGGAUCCUGGAUGUUAAUCAGAUAGUUCAGCAGCUGCUGGAUGGAGGUCAUCCAUCUUCUACAGAGGUCAGAGGUUGUCAAGACCACCUCAAUUCCAGGUGGAACAGCAUCGUGGAGCUGGUUGAGCAGAAGAAAGACCAGCUGCACUCGAUGGUGCGUCUUCAGAACUACCUGCUGGAGUGUGCCGAGAUCAAGUCCCAGAUUCAGGACAAGAGAAAAGCCAUUGACGCCACCCAGUACAUGGGCAGUGACCUAGGUGGAGUCAUGGCUCUGCAGAGACGCCUUUCCACCAUGGAGGGAGCCCUGUCUGUCCUGGAGCCCAAACUGCUGCAUCUGCAGGAGGAGGCAGAGCAUCUGGCCAGCGCUCACACGGGUCGGGCCAUGGACGUUCUCGUGCCCUUUGAUGGCAUCAGUGUGGAGUGGGAGGAGCUGAAACGCACCCUGCAGGGCUGCGAGGACUCACUGAUGGUGGCGAGCAGACUGCAGAGCUUCAUUCAGGAUCUGGACUCGUUCCUAACCUGGUUGGUCCAGACGCAGACGUCUGCUGCCUCGGACCAGCUGCCCAACGACCUGGAGGAGGCCGAGAGACUUAUCAACAAACAUGCUGCCCUGAAGGAAGAGAUAGGACAGUAUGAAGAGGACUACGAGCGUCUGCAGGCCAUGAACGAGCUGCUGGAGUCCGAGGAAGCUCCCCUGCCCCAGGCCGCCCUGCAGCAGUGGCUCCAGAAGCUGGAUGUCGGCUGGAAUAAACUGCUGGAGAUGUGGGAGAGCAGGAGAGAAGUACUGGUCCAGGCUCACAUUUUCCAUCUGUUCCUGCGAGACGUUAAACAGGCAGAGUCCUUCCUCAACAAUCAGGAAUCGGCCCUUGCUCACGUGGAGCUGCCCACCACAGUGGAAACGGUUGAAGCAGCCAUAAAGAAACACAAGGACUUCACCACCACCAUGGAGCUGAACCUGCACAGGAUCAAAGCUGUGAUCGAGGCCGGCGAGAGUCUGAUCAGCCAGAGCAACAUCUACUCUGAACGUAUCAGGGAACGCAUCGACACACUCGCCAACAGGGGAAACCAGAACAGAGAACUGGCCCAGCAGUGGCUGGAAAGACUGAACGACCAGUGGGAACUUCAGAGGUUUCUCCAGGACUGUCACGAGCUUGGGGACUGGGUGUGCGAGAAGAUGCUGAUGGCGAGGGACAGCAGCCGAGACGAGACCCAGAAUCUUCAUAAGAAAUGGCUGAAGCACCAGGCCUUCAUGGCCGAGUUGGCCCAGAAUAAGGAAUGGCUUGACAAAAUUGAAAAGGAGGGCCAGCAGCUGAUCCACGAGAAGCCGGAGCUCAGCCCUGUGGUCCGGAGGAAGCUGGAGGAGAUCAGGGAGUGCUGGCUGGAUCUGGAGAGCACCACCCAGGCCAAAGCCCGCCAGCUCUUUGAGGCCAACAAGGCCGACCUGCUGGUGCAGAGCUACGAAAGCCUGGACCAGAGGCUGGGCCAGCUGGAAGGUCAACUGGCCUACGUGGACCAGGGACAGGACCUCACCACCGUCAACAAGCAGCUCAAAAAACUACAGACCAUGGAGACCCACAUGGAGGAGUGGUAUAAGGAGGUGGGGCAGCUUCAGGUGCAGGCGGCCUCCAUACCACAGCAGACGCAGAUCAGGGAGAAGGUUGCAGUGCGUCAAAGCACCGUGGAGGACAGGAUGGUGCGUCUGAUCGAGCCGCUGAAGGAGCGACGGCGCAUCCUGUUGGCGUCUAAGGAAGUCCACCAAGUCGGACGAGACCUGGAGGAUGAGAUUUUGUGGGUCCAGGAGCGCCUCCCGAUGGCCAUGUCUCAGGAGCACGGUUCCUCUUUGCAGGCCGUCCAGCAGCUCAUGAAGAAGAAUCAGACACUACAGAGGGAGCUGCAGGGUCACAGGAGCAGGAUUGACGAUGUCCUGGAGAGGGCCGGGAUCAUUGCCUCCAUACGCAGCCCAGAGGCCGACUACGCCAGGGCAGGCCACGACCAGCUGGCCCACAUGUGGGCUCUGCUCUGGGCCGAGACCGAGAGGAGGCAACUGGUCCUGGACGCCAUGUACCAGGCUCAGCAGUACUACUUUGACACAGCCGAAGUGGAGGCCUGGCUGAGCGAGCAGGAGCUGCACAUGAUGAACGAGGAGAAGGGGAAGGAUGAGCCGAGCACACUGCAGCUUCUGAAGAAGCACUUGGUGCUGGAACAGACCAUCGAGGACUAUGCAGAGACCAUCGGCCUGCUGUCACAGCAGUGUCGGCAGCUGCUGGAGAUGGGGCAUCCGGACUGCGAGCAGAUCAGCAAGCGCCAGUCGCAGAUCGACCGUCUGUACGUGUCCCUGAAGGACCUGGUGGAGGAGAGGAAGAGUCGUCUGGAGCAGCAGUACUGGCUCUACCAGCUCAACAGAGAGGUGGACGAGCUGGAGCAGUGGAUUGCUCAGAGGGAGGUGGUUGCCAGCUCGCCUGAACUGGGUCAAGACUAUGAGCAUGUGACAGUCCUGCAGGAGAAGUUCACAGAGUUUGCAUCAGAGACGGGCAAUGUGGGGCAGGAACGAGUGACGGCUGUCAACCAGAUGGUGGACGAGCUUAUCGACUAUGGCCACUCGGAGGCCGCCACCAUCGCCGAGUGGAAGGAUGGGGUGAACGAGGCCUGGGCCGACCUACUGGAGCUCAUAGAGACCCGGGCGCAGAUGCUUGCCGCCUCACACCAGCUGCACAAGUUCUUCUCUGACUGCAGAGAGGUUUUUGCUCAAAUUGAGGACAAACAUCGAAGAUUGCCAGAAGUUCGGGCUCGGCAGGGCAGCACUGCCAACACCAGCACCCUGCAGAGACUCCUGCACAGCUUCGAACAGGACAUACAGCUGCUGGUCACACAGGUGCGUCAGCUACAGGAGAGUGCAGCCCAGCUGAGGACGGUGUAUGCCGGCGAGAAGGCCGAAGCCAUCGCAUGCCGCGAGCAUGAAGUGAUGCAGUGCUGGAAGGAGCUGCUUACGUCCUGUGAGGAGUGUCGAGUGCAAAUCACCACCGAGACAGACAAGCUUAGGUUCUUCGGCCUGGUCCGAGAUCAGAUCAUGUGGAUGGACUCAAUCAUCUGUCAGAUAGGGACGGGAGAGAAGCCCAGGGACGUCUCCUCGGUGGAAGUGCUGAUGAAUUAUCACCAGAGUCUGAACAGCGAAGUCGAGGCUCGCAGCAGGAGCACACUCGAGUGUAUCGAGAUGGGAAAGACCUUGUUGGCUGCUGGAAACCCCGCGGCUGAAGAGAUCAAGGAGAAGCUGGACAAGGUGGUUGCUAAGCAACAUGAUCUGUCUGAGAAGUGGGACAAGCACUGGGAUGCCCUACAGCAAUUGCUGGAAGUUCACCAGUUCGCCCAGGAAGCAGUGGUGGCCGAGGCUUGGCUGACCGCUCAGGAGCCGCUCAUUAGCAGCAGUGAGCUGGGCGCCAGUGUAGACGAGGUAGAGCAACUGAUUCGUCGACAUGAAGCCUUCCGCAAAGCUGCUGCCACCUGGGAGGAGCGAUUCAGCUCACUGCGACGACUCACUACGGUAGAAAAGUUGAAAGCAGAGCAAAGUAAACUACCACCAACCCCUCUGCUGGGUCGUAAAGUCUUCCUGGACCCCCAAGAUGCCUCACCCAGUCCAUCCACUCUCCCCCGCCUCCAAAUCUCCCCCGUUAUGAGACAGACCAUCUAUGAACAAAACGUAGCCAGUUCACCUCCCUCGCCGUCGCCCGCCACCCCCACACCCUCUCCCUCUUCUGCGGUCCGUCGGCUGGGCUCCACAGUGGCCAGCUACACCCCUGUGAUGAAUGGCUCCAGCUACCGCCACACCCUUGAAGCACGGCAUGGCGGCGUUUCAGGUGUGACUGCAGGAUUAGUCCAGCCUGCACCUUCCUCGAUCGCGUCUAUUGCCACGGCGGCCAUGCUAGUCUCAGCCAACCAAGCGCGAGAAAGCGUCAGCGCGCCGAAAGACCAGGCGACUAAAGCGAUGACUCACCUCAUGCCAGUGCAGGCGGCAAGGGAACUGGAAGAGAAAUCGUCCCCAUAUCUAAGGCAACCCAAAAUCAAACACAUGGAUGACCUGGUGACGCCUCUGAUUAUAGCGAGCCGGCUGGAGAAGGUAAGGGAGAGGGGGAAGGAGAGAGAAAUCAUGAUGGGAGAGAUAGGGACAGAGAGGGGGGAGGUGCCAGUGAUGGCCGAGGUGGUGCUCCAGGAGCCGAGCCGGGAGCGCCUGCACAGCGAGCCCACCAGAGGCCCUCGGGGGUCGCGGUCCGACCCGUUGGGCCAGGCUGAGCCCCAGGUCCAGAUGCAUACCCACCACAGGGAUCACAGGAUAGAGCGGCAGCUGUCCAGCGAGCAGCUGAUCCAAGCACGCAGGGACGAGCUGCCUCAGGAGCUGUGGAGGGAGCAGGCCGGGAGGCGGGAGAGGCGGACACUGGAGAGACAAACAUCCAGCGAGCACGAGGGCCAUGGGAGCCACGAGGGCCGGCGGAGAGAGAGGGACCGACACCGGCUGGAGAGACAGGAAUCCAGUGAGCAUGACACUGGGAAGGAGCAGUCAGACAAACGUUCAGGAGGAGGAGAGAAGAGAUCCACCAUGGCGGAAAUUGUAGAGCAGCUGCAAGAGAGAGAAGCAGCACAGGCCCGUGGUGAGGUGCCCCGCCUCCCCAACGGGUUGCCAGAGAAGUCUUCCCGUCUUGACCGGCCUCGAGCUCGGGACAGACCCAAACCACGGCGCCGACCGCGACCCAAAGAGCCAGGAGAGGCGACGACACGGCGGUCGAGGUCCGCACCGGCUCAGAGUAGCCCAGCAGUCCCGCAGCCGCCAACACACACCGCACACCACGAGGGCUUCCUUUUCCGUAAACUGGACAUCGAGAGUCUGAAGAAGAGCACCAACAGCAGGUCAUGGGUCAACCUGUACUGCGUGCUGAACAAAGGGGAGAUGGGUUUCUACAAGGACGCCAAGAACACCACCACGGCCUACAACAAUGAGCCGCUGCUCAACCUCUCCCACUGCCACUGCGACGUCACCAACGGCUACAAGAAGAAGAAGAACGUCUUCACGCUCAAAACGAAGGAUGGCAGCGAGUUUCUGUUUCAUGCUAAAGAUGAGGAGGACCUCAAAGUGUGGGUGACCAACAUCACGGCCAGUAUUACAGAGCACGAGGAGAUUGCCAAAUGGGGUCAGCCCCAACCAACUACCUCAUCCACCGACGAGGGCACGCGGCGCGACGGCAGCAAGGCUGACAACAGGUCGGAGCGCGGCGGCGAGCGCUCAGACCGGGCCGACCGGAUCGAGCGGGCAGAAAAAGAGAGGGAUAAAGACAGGGAGAGGGAUAAAGACAGGGAGAGGGAAAAGGAGAGGGAGCGAGGCGAACGGUCCGAGCGGUCGGAUCGGGGCGGGAAGUCGGACGCCAAGCGCUCCGAAAAGUCUGGUAAGAAAAAGUGAGCCUGGCGACAGAUUGGUCGGCAUCGAAGCGUAUGAACUCCGGGUGGGAGGCGGGGCUGUAGACUGUUAGUGAACGCCCCCCUCCUUCUCUCCGCCUCCAACACUGUCAACAGAGAGGUUGUGCUUGGAUGGAAAGUCACACACAGGACAGAAGGACAGACCCAGGCUCACACACAGGACGGACGGGAUGGAUCCGGGUCAGGAGACGUCUUUCUCCCUCUCUUUCUUUCUUCUGUGUCUCUGUGAGACCACGCAGAGUCACUGCACGCCUUCCGGCGGCUGCUUCAGAGAAUCGCCACGGGCAGAGUUUCUGUGCUGCUGAACCCUGGGGCAGCGCUAACGCCAGAGAGAGACAGGACAUGCAUCACGUCUACUUGAAGGCUGUUACAGGUUUGCUGGGAGUUUCGAUAAAAACGUAGCUCAUACUGUUCGACAUACUGUCUGUUAUUUUCUGUGAGAUGAGCUCUGUCUGUACGUGUUUCUCGUCCGUCUGUCCUAUCUGUAUCUGUCUGUCCAUCUGUACGUUCAGACAUUCUACACUAUGUCUCAUUUCUCCUUGGAAAUCAGAAGAGAAUGAAAUUAAGCCAAAAUGCUUCACAGACGUACAAACUUUUCGUUAACUGCUUUCUCCACCGUGUCCCAUCUGUCUUUAGGUCUGGCCAUGAAAAAAAAAACAUGGAAUUCAGAUGGGUUUUACUUUGAUACCAAACAACACUGACACCGCAUUUAUCCCAUGAUGGAUGAAACAACACUGGGCGAUACAAGAGGGAAAGGAGAAAUCUCUAAUCGCUGCACGGAAAUUGAUAGAAACACAUCCAGCGGCUUGAAAUCAUAAACCUUAAGAAAGAUCACAAUGCUGAAAUUUUGCUCGAUUCUUUUUUAAAGUUGGAAAUCUGCCUGGGAAGAGCAAAUGGAGCAGCCUCCCUUUGUUAACGACAAACUAAUUUAGGGUCAGAGAUUUUCUCAUAAAGAUUUCUGCAGGACAGAUGAGUCCCAGGGUGUUUAAACCUGCGACAUGAAGACUCCCGAUCCGCCCGGUCGCUGCCGUCCACUUCAUCAGAAGGUUGAUAAAGACAGAUGCACAGUUCUUGGAUGAUUGAUCAGAAUGUCCAUAUCCCAGGGGCCUCAUUCAUUAAGAUAUUGUUUCAUUUUUAUUUCAAUAAUGUUAAGAAGAUGAUUGAAGAAAAACUUCAGUGUUCCUAUUUUGGGUACCUGCUGAGAGAUUUGUAUUUUGAUAUCUAUAACAGAAUUGGUGUACUUAAUUUGGAGUUACUGGUUUUAUUAUCAAGAUCGUUUUGGCUGUGGUCGUAAGCACAAAACCUCCGCCUGGCGUGUUUUUAAUGAAUGAGGCCCUCGGAACAGGCCUCAUCUACUCUUAUUCUCUUACAACUACUAAUUCAAACUACUUGAUGGAUUUUCACUUUGAUUUAUUCACACACAUCUGUGGCAUCCAUUUUAAACAGAAUUCAAUUUAACGUGUGUGAUUGUGUGUACUGCUGCUCUCUGCUCCCAGGGUCUCCAUAGCUCUCAGGUUAUUUAUGUUGGUGUGUGCUUACCGUGUGCUUCACGUGUUCACAUGUUUGUCCCUUCAGACGCCACCUCAGUCUUCCAGGCACAUCCCAUCUACAAAACACACACACACACACACACACACACACACACAGAUUACAAACAUGUUACACAGUGUACAAGGUCAGAUCAAACUGUCUGGAUCAACGUUCCGUCAGUGUAGCGUUCGACAGGAGUGAAUGACGUCAUAGAUGAAUGGAAAGUGAAUGAGGCGUCACGCAGGAAACCACACUGACCAAAUAUUCAACAAAAAAAGGGGCUAGACUGCCUGUGAGUUGUGAGAUUGCAUGUUUUGCUCGGAGAGAAAAUCACUCUGUCUAGAGAAGCUUGUCUUUGCUGCCCCACAGACUCUGCAUCCACACAAUAGUUCAUACCUUCUUUCUCGUGAACGCACCACAAAGCCAUGGACCACAGGGAAACGAGGACGAAAAAAAAGGGGAAAGCGAGAAAAGUCUUAGUGUAGUUGUGAAUGCAGCUGGCGGAUUUAGUGAAGCUCUGCUGAGCAGACUGGGGCUACUUCCCUGCCCCGGUGGAGGCAUCGUGGUCACGCAUUUCAAAUCCUUUUUUCUUUUUUUAACUUUCAAAUAUGAAUGCUGUUUUAAUAUCACUGCUGCUGUAUGAAAAUAUUGUUUAUUUCAGUUCUAAUGGCUUUUGAGGUUUUCAGUUUGAGUCCAACUGAAACCAAACUGCAUAACUUUUGUCAUAUUCUGCUACAGCCCAGGAACCAAAAGGGAGAAAUUUGUAUUUAUAUAUGAUUUUUGGUUUCUUGAUGGCACCAUAUGCAGCAUAUUUGUUUAAAGCGGGAACAACAUGCUUGACACAGGCAGAGUAGGCGGACACACAGAGAGCUGCUCAGGGACGCGCUUGUGGCGCUUGUUUCUCUUGGACAAGUGAAAACUUUGAAAACACUUCUGACGAAGCAUCAAUCUCACCUUUGUGCCACUUGUCCAAGUUGGUUUGCUUGUGUGGCAUCUUCUUUGCCCCGUUGUGGCACGUCAAGCUGUAAUGGGCUCAGUGCUGCCCCCUUAGGCCAAAGGGCAGAUAACACCCACUUGUUACCCCCACUAAACGACCAAAGAGGGCAACUAUGACCCCAUCCUGUGCUCAAAAAAAAAAAAAAAAAUCAACAAGCAACACAGAGGUGAGAUUUGUUGUUGUUUUUGGAUCAUAGAAGAGAAGAUGAAGCUUCACCUUUCGGGUUUGACAAAACAGUGGCACGGUGACACUUCCUGAGCUGUUCUCUGUGACCUUCAGGGACAGUCUUUCAUGCAGAUGAUGACAGAGGUCCCAAACGGGGCAAAAGUUUGUCUCGUGUUGUCCUGGAGGUCAGACGCUCCAGCUGCUGUCAAUCAAACAAACAAACACCCGCCUUCGGCUGCUUAUAGAAAUGAGGAUUUCUGACAAAUUUGUCCUUCUUUAAAAAAUCAAAAACUAGACAUUAAAAGAAUGUUAAAAGAAAUCGGAAUUUGUUUUAUAUAUUUUUUAGAGGUUGUUAUUUACAAGGGUAAAGUUGAUCAUCUUCUCUGUCUCUGAAACAUUGAAUAUUGAGGUGAGGAGCUAAGAGAAUUGAUUUACUAUAUGAUUUUUUAUUUUAUUUUUUGAGUUGUACUUUGGGAUGUUAAAUUUUCUCCCGACCCGUUGGUCUGGUCUGUGUUCAUCAUAAAUCGUGUCCUGAGAAUUUGUAACUUUGUUUUCUUCUUCUUUUCUGUUGAUUUCGACACUUUCAAUGCAUCUAAAGUAGGAGUGGAUGUCAGAUCAAUGCAAUCAUUUACAUGCAUGUUGGACACAACGGUCGGAGUUCAAAGAAUGAGAAGAACUCUCGUGUGUGAAAAGGUGACACGGCGCAGUCGUCUGCUGUCGGAUUGUGACUCAAACGUCGCUGAUGGAUUGACGCACCUCGGUGCUGUGGGUGCGCACGGGACAGAGCGUUCCUGUACGUGGGGUACAGCACAGACGACGUCACAAUCGUCUGUCACGUGAGCCUUUUCACGCUGCCGACAGCAGAAACGCACAGGCAUGUGAGUUGCCAUCGGGAAGACAAAGUGAGGACUGACGGCUUUUGGAUGAGGCGGCAGGUGCCCUGCCUGUCUGUGUGUGUCCGUGCUGUUCUGUUCACAUCGACCUCAGUCUGUCGGCCGAGAUGAACUGACGAAUAAAAUACCUUUUGAUUUAUCAUUAA